GUUGAAAACCGUAGAAGAAAGGAGAGCGAGUAAGAGGACGUUUCGUCUAAUCAAAGCAUCUGCAGAAUACUGAGCAUGAAAAAAACUCUUUAGUCCCCGUUUUGCAACCUAAACAGUCUUGUCUGUUUGUCCGACAUCAUCCCCGAGGACACGGACAGUUUGACUUGAAUUGGAUUCAUCAAGCUCAGUAAGGUUCUUUCCUUCAUCCACUCAUAAUGGUGGACUAUUACCAGGUUUUAGGAGUACGAAGAGAAGCAUCUGCAGAUGACAUCAAAAAAGCUUAUAGAAAGCUGGCCCUCAAGUGGCACCCUGACAAAAACCCAGAGAACAAGGAGGAGGCCGAGAAGAAAUUCAAGGAGCUAUCAGAGGCAUAUGAAGUCCUGUCAGAUGUCAACAAGAGGAACAUUUAUGAUCGCUAUGGCAAAGAGGGGCUGACAGGGAGCAAUGGAGGAAGAGGAGGUCAUUUCCACAAUGGUGACCAUUUCCAUGAACCCUUCACAUUCCGCAACCCAGAAGAUGUCUUCAGGGAAUUCUUUGGUGGCAGAGACCCAUUUGCAGAUUUCUUUGAUACAUUUAGUGAUGAUCCAUUUUGCAGCAGUGGCAGGAGGCAUCAGAGUCGGGGGAGUCACAGCAGGACAGGUGGCUCUUUCUUUGGGGGUUUUGUUGGUUUUCCACCCUUUGGUGCUGGGUUCUCACCUUUUGACCCAGGUUUCGGUUCCUUUGGCUCCAUGAGUGCCAUGAAUCAUAUGGGUCACAUGACAACCAUGGGAACUCUGGGAGGUGGAGGCUUCACCUCUUUCUCAUCCACUUCCUUUGGUGGAGGUGGUGGAGGAGGCAUGGGCAACUUCCGCUCUGUGUCCACCUCUACCAAAAUUGUCAAUGGCAGGAAGAUCACCACUAAAAGAAUUGUGGAAAAUGGUCAGGAGCGAGUGGAAGUGGAGGAGGAUGGGCAGCUUCGGUCUUUAACUAUUAAUGGCAAAGAGCAGCUGCUGCGAUUGGAACACAAGUGAAGACACAAGCCUUCUGAGCUGGAGAACCAUUACCUCAGCGCAAACCCACAACAAACUUGAGCUCACAACAAAAAGCAACAAAAGUGUGUAAUAAUACUGCUCUACUAUUGGAUGUAGAUACUUAGUUUGUGUUCAUUUCCCCAUGUGUCCUCUCCCUGUGGACUCAUUUGUCAACCAACAAGUCACAUCAGCGGAUUUGGAUGCAGACUUUUCUAUGCAUUUUGUUAAUGUAUUUCUUAUUUGUAGCUGUCGUUAUAUUUUUGCUCAGGGUGGUGUUAUUAUUUCAGUCUUUGGGACCAUAGUUUUUUCAGAUGUAAAACCUCAGCUUCAGGUUUUUUUUGUAUGCACUCCAAAUUGUCAGUCUGUUAGUUUAUAACAGACUUGAAGAAAACAAAGCAUGUCUUUGUUUUUGUUUAAUUUUUUUUUGUUGUUUUUAUGUGAGCAGAAAAACAAGUUGAAAUUGAUUUUUUUAAGUGCAUACCAAGAGUAGAGCAUUGCCCCUUUGGUUUCCUGCUUAUUAAACAUUUUGAGUAAUAAUUUUUUAAAUUAAAAAAGUUAAAAUGCUGGUAGGAUGAGUGAUGCAAUUUUCUAUGUUCUAAUACCAACGUGUUUCUGCUUAUUUAAUUGUGCAUGUACACCUGUUGAUGUUGAGUCUUAAUGUUACAGUUGCAUUGUAAUGCACAAAUAAUGGAAGUCAUUCUGUAAAUAAUAUAUGAAUAUAGGAAGAAUUUUGUGUACUUUGUAAACCAAUAAAUCUGAGUUUGUCCUGUUUUCAGGAUGCUGACA